UUCCUCCCUGGGCCAGUUGCUCACAGCUUUCACAGGAGGAAGACCUGGAUUGACCAGUCUGUCCAUCCAGGGAAUCCUGCUGCGAUGAGGAGCCUGAGAGUGCUUGAAGGUUGCUGCCUGUCUGUAGGUCUCCGGUCAAGACCUGCGCAUCCCAGGGGCAGAAGCAGGGUGAUGGGCUCUGUCCCUGCGGCUGGCCCCACCGUUGCUGCCGUUGUGACUUCUCUGUUGGAGCGUCUACAAGACAACGAGGGUGACCGAGUGCAGACUUACCGCCAGCUGGAGAGAGCCUUGCAGGGAGGUGACGUCCGUUUGCAGAGCGGCGUCUUGAACCGCCUGAUAGCUGAAGCGUCUGGUGACAUAAGAGCCGCCCAGGGUGUGACCGAUGACGUGAGGACAGCGGCUAGUGACAUCCUGGUGGCUCUGGCUGGCUCCCACUUCCAUUUCGUGAUGCCCGAGCUCCAGGGACACCUGAAAGCCGCGGGGGGAACCUCUGAGGAAUUUGUCUAUGUCACCCUGGGCAAACUUGCCAGCAGCUACGCCCUGCGAUGCAUCCCCUUUGCCGGAAUGACGCUGCUCGCCCUCCGCGCCGUCCUGAGCCGAGUGGGGAGCGGACGGAUCCGGCGUGCCGUCUGCGGUGUUCUGGAGCAAUGGUUGAAAGGGGUGAAGACUUACUUCUGCUCCUGGGACAAAUGCCCCUUCCCUCGCGUCGGGGAAGCGCAGUUCUGCAAACACGUUUACCCCCUCUAUUGCUACGUGGUGCAAAACUGGCUGGGCUGCGAGGAAGAAGAGGACAAGCAAGCUGUCCUCGGGGCGGUGGCUGCCAUGAUUGGCGUCCUCCUGCACGAAGAGCAGCACCGAGAACACGCCUGGGAUCAGCUCCUCCUCUACCAAGACACUUUCUGGGCGACCAAGGACUGGACAAUGGAGGAGCCCUGGCACUCCACGGUGUCCCAAGUGUUUCUCGGGCUGGUGCAGUUGAGGAAGCUGAAGCCGUCUUUGAGCAGGGAGGAAAGUUGCAAGCUGCUGGCUGAGUGCUGCCACACCAUCUUGUCCUUUCCUUCCAAGGAGGAGAUGGAAGGGAGAGGGAAGAUAACGAGGCAAACUCAGAACAUACAGACUCUGCACGCAUUGUGCUUGGAAGGUCUGGGCCGGAUUAUAGUAGCCCUUCUCGAGGCAGAGGUGACCUCUACCUGCUUCGAGGAUGUGGUCCAUGUCCUGCAGCGCUGGCUCGCCUCGGCCAAAGCGUGGGAACGGGAGAGGGCCUUGCAGGUCUGCGCCCAGCUGCUGGGGGAUUGCGAGGAGCGAUUCGAGGUCAUGAAAGGAUGCGCUUGCAAGAAAUUUGGCUUCUUGGUGGGGCUGCUGGGACCUCUGGCUACUGAAUCCCUGGCCACGUCCCGCCGCUGGGCAGGGGUCUGCCUGGGUCACCUCCUCCAAAUGCAAGCCAAGACCAGGAAUGUGAUACCGGAGGCGGGUGACAUCGCGUGCCUGCGUAAAGGGCUGGACACCACCGACGACGUGCCUCUGCUUGAGACCUCUAACGUAAUAGCAAAGAUUGUCUGCAAGUAUUUCCCCCCAGCACAGGCCGUGGACUUCAUGAGCACCAUCACGGAAAGCCUGAAGUGUACCAGAGACGAGCAUGCAUUGGCCGCUGGGGUGUGGAUGACUACCUUUCUGGAAAAAUGUGGACAGCUAAUACAGGAGGUGCCAGAAGUCCUGCACGUCCUUUACAGCUGCAUGCAGACCAUGGAAGAGAACACCCACAGGCCCCUCCUGCUCCAGGCAGUGUAUCUCCUGGCCCGCUUUCACCAUAAGCCUGUGGUCGACAGCCUGCUCCAGAAACGUCUGCCGAUGGACAGGGAUGCGAUGGAGCUGUGGAGGACCCUGGGGAGAAGCAGCCUUGGGGUUCAGGUCCUGGUGUACUUAACACAGAAAUUAGAAGCAGUGGGAGAGAACAGCCCUGGGCCCCACUCCUCCGCUCACGAACUGGACCACAGCCAGGCUGCUCUGGAGUCCCUCAUGCUCUCCUGUGCCAUCUCCGAGGUGGUGUUCGUGCUGCCAGCCAAGGAAAGGGUCCGGCGCCUGCUUCCCCGUCUCCUUCCUGGCCUCCUGGGUGAGAUCAGCAAGGCGCUGGGUGAGGUGAUGCCGCUUGCCCCUCUAAGAUGCCAGAGAGGGCUCUUCUUUGGUUCACCGAGGACUGAGGACAAGCCACGCAACCCUUACUGUGAGGCUCUGGAGCUGGUGCUGAGCAGAUGCAUGGAGAAGAGAUGGCUGCUGGUGCUAUGGAGGCAGGGAGCGUGGGCAUCCCUCAAAAAACCACAGGCUCACGUUGAUGGGGUGUGUCUCCUGACGAGUGUCCUGCUUCGCAACCAGCUCAUCACAAGGGGUGUGAUAUGGGCCCUCUCCCAGUGGCUGAACUCCCCCUCGGAAAACCUGCAGCUCACAGCGACAGCUUUCUUUGCUGAGCUGAUGAAGGAUCCGCCAAUCAGGGAGAAGAAGUUCCUGGAAAGUGUCCUAGGUAUCCUGUUGGAGAAAUCACAGCACAGAAUCAGUGCCGUGCGGCAGAUGGCAGUGAGAGGCCUGGGCAACGCCUUCAGGGGAGCACCCAAGGAGGUGCACAAGCACAAGACAACCAUCCUGGAGGUGCUGCAGAGGGGCCUGGAGAACACCAGAUGUCCUGUGCUGGCUGCUGAGAGCAUGCUGGCGCUGGCUGAGGUGGUGAGGAAGCUGAAGGCAAAGGGCUUGGGGUCUGCCUUCAAAGAUAUUGCCAGGUCCACCAAGAUGUUCUUUGAGGCGGAGCCAGAUGUCCUUCGCUUCUCAGCCUUCAGCCUCUACGCUGUCCUGGCCUCCUCCGCCUCAGGGAAAAGAUCAUUCUUCACCAGAGAAGUGUGGGAAACCUGGGUCAGCCUUCUCUUGCACCUCCGGGAUCCUGACCCUGAAGCUUCCAAUGUGUGCCGGACCGCUCUCUAUCUCUGCGCUCCGUUUCUGGUGCCGGAGCGGGUGCAGGAGACCAUCGUCACCUCCAUCGGGCUGGGCGCAGCCCAGCUGCAGUACGAGGUUUACCAUUGCCUGGUCAAAGAUGCCCCUGCCAUGUCGAAGAGGCUCCACAGCAUCGCCAGGAGCCGCCGCCUCGAGAACGGCCGAGCGCUGCACUCCGCCGCCAUCGCCGUCCUAGGAGACAUCCUGGAAAAAACAAGAGGCCUUAGCUUCUCUUGGCAGCAGCUGGAAUGAGGCUCCUAUCUUCAGGUAGGUUUGAGCGGAGCUGGGCUCUGGCUCUGCAGGUCAGGGAGGAGGUCGGAGGCUUGGCAGCAAAAAGCCUGGCUUGGAGCAGGAGGGGAGCACGCAGCAAGGCCAGCUCCUCAUCACCCCUCCUGCAUCACUGCAGCUUUCCAUCGCCUGCGGCCAGGGCCAGACAGCGUCUUCUGCGACUGUGGACCGCGAUGGGCCAGGGGAACUUGUGGCAAUAAAUCUCCUUUCAUGGUCACACCAAUGGAGAGUUGAUCUUCUUUCCUAGAGACGGGGGGGGGGGCCGGGACAGGGCCAUGCCAAGGCCUGAGGGCAUGCACCCGCGGGAGCUGGCUGACGUGACCAUGAGGCUGCUCUCAAUGAUCUUGGAAAUGUUGCAGCAAUUGGGAAAGGUUCCUGAGGACUGGGAGAAAGCAAAUGUGGCUCCUGUCUUCAGGAAGGGCCAGAAAGG